AUGAUCUGCACUGGCAAUCGCCUUUCGAUUCCACGUCUCGCGGCUUGCAUCUUUCUUGAAGCCUGGUCCGGUGUCGAUGAUGAGAAGAGCAGUGACUUUCUCCGGAUAUGCUCUGUGGAAGGCGAGACUCAUGUAUCCGCCCAGAGAAAGACCGCCAACAAUUGCUUUGAUUCCAUGGCCGCAGGUUUCAUCCAGAAUGGCGCCGAUGUCUUCGACGUAUCGAUCGGUGUCGACGAUACCGAGCCAGUCUGGGCGUGUAUGUCAGGUUUGCCCAAGAGCACUGUUAGGGUAAGGGUUGGGGUAGCGUCAAGUCUCUCCCCAACCACUCUAAACUCUCUGGACCAUCGCAUCGCAUGUCGUGUGUUGUUAACUAUCGUCAUCCAGACUAUGGUGAUGGAUCUAUGGCGAUUGGAACUAGAUUUCAAAUCUCGGGUUCGUUUUCACUUGCAUUGUGCAAACCCCAGCCGUCUUAUCCAGAUACAGCUCCCUCCAACAAAAUCUCUUUCGUCUCCAGACAUCCGACGGUGUACAGAAUCAGAAUCAAACGGAGCCGGUUCCAAUUCGAGAUCCGCUCAAAUAUGGAACGUACCUCGCACCAAGUAG